CCCAUCUUACAUGGCAGUUUCCUAUAACCCAAGCAACCAUUAGUGUACAACUCUUCACCAGAUCCUAAUUUCUUUCCUCAGUAUGCUCUGAGGCCAGUGUGGAGAAUCAGAGUGAACAAGGAAGGACCAUGCCUCUGUCUAAAGCAGAGAAGCUGUUAGAACAUGAGCUCAGCUGCCCUAUCUGCCUAGAGCUCUACACAAAUCCGGUCUAUCUGCCCUGUGGCCAUAACUACUGCCUUGCCUGCAUUAACGCUACAGACGCCAGCAGUGGAGAGAAGAGCCUGCCUCGCUGCCCUGAGUGCAGAGAAGAGUACAGUGGUACAGAGACACUGCACAAGAACUUCAAGCUCUGCGGCAUCAUAGAAGGCUACAGGGCCAUUGCGCUAGUGGAGAACCUUGGGAGAGAGCCGCUGGAGGUACGCUGUGACCACUGCCUGGACACAGAGACGUUGGCCAUCAAGACCUGUCUAAAGUGUGAGAUGUCCCUGUGUGCCAGGCACCUGCAGCGCCACUCUGAGAGGGAAUCCUUCAGGAGCCAUGACCUGGUGGAGCCCCAGACUAAGCUGGGCCUGAGGAGCUGUGCUAUCCAUGGACGCCUGCUGGAGUACUUCUGUGUCAGCGACAUGACCUUCCUCUGCGCCUCCUGCUUCAUCAAGGGCACCCACCAGAAUCACGAUGUCCUGACUAUUGAGGUGGCUGAGGAGGAGAUGAGGCGGGUCCUAGAGAGCCGGAGCAAGGAAGUGGCCAACAGGCUGCAGCUGACCAAGACCCUGCUGCAGAGGGCUGCUGAGGACCAGGGCACCUCUGAUGCUGUGAGGGACAAGCUGAUGUCUACUGCUGUGGCCCUGAUGGACAGCAUGGCUGGUCUGGUGAGCAGGUACAGGGACAGGAUGAGCCUGCUGCUGGAGGAGGAGAGAGGCCAUCAAAGGAAGAUCUGGCAGAGGGGCCUGGGGCUCCUAGAGGAACAGCAGAAGGAGCUGAUGGAGGCCAACCAGAGCUCUGCCGAGGUCCUCUCAGUGACUGAUAAGCAUCUGUUCAUCCACAGGUUCCUGCUGAUCGAAUCACAGCUCACAGAAGUGGUGACAGGCACUGUGGCCAGAGUGCUCUCCAAAGAGCCUCUCAACACCAAGCGGCUUCAAGACAGCCUGAGGAUGAAUGACUUCAGGGCAGAGAUGGGGCAGCUCCUCCAGGCCCUCAUUGUCCAGCUCAACCCUCUGGAGUUGACCUUCAACAUCACCACAGCGCACCCCAGCCUGCUGCUCUCCAACGACCUGCGGACAGUCAAGUACAUUGGCAUCAAGCAGGCCUCCACUGAUAACCCAGAGAGGUUCAGUACCGCGCCCCAGGUCCUCUGCUCCCAGAGCUUCACAAGUGGGGAGCACAUCUGGGUGGUGGAGGUGGGCGACCAGAGCAUGUGGUCAGUGGGCUUGUGCUACAAGAGCGUGCCCAGGAGGGGUGACCACAGCCGGCUGGGCCACAACCCAGUCUCCUGGCGUCUGCAGUGGAAGAACAAGAAGCUGACGGCGUGCCAUGCCUCCUCAAACAUGGCGCUGGUUGAAAAGACCAAUCAGCCGCUGAGGGUGGAGGUGGCGCUGGACUAUGAGGGGGGCAUACUGAUCUUUCACAGCACCAAGGGCUGUCGGGAGCACCUGCACACGUUUAGGGCUGUGUUCAGAGAACCUGUGUACCCUGCGUUCAGCAUCCACUCCACCACAGCACAGUCCUGGAUCACCCUCCAGAGUGGAGUGUGACACCUCAGCUUCCCUGUAUGUCCAUCUAUUAACCUUGAAGUGCCUUUGUUACUAACUAACCCAAUCAAUAUCUGUAAAUUAUUCCAGUAAUGGAUCUUAUCACCAAACGUGAGUCAAUUCUAAUGAAACAGAAUGUAAUUGCCUCUUAAAAUAUACAGUAGAAUCUGAAUUCAAAUGUAGUUCAGGCAGGUCCUUAUAUUGCUGUUUCAUACAUACAUUACAUACAUGAUUAGACGUAGUAAGUACAGAUAUGUAUUGCUAUUCGUAACUAAAGGAAUGUAAUUUAAUUAUUUUGUAAAGAGACGUGACUGUAUUUGAUCUUACCUGCCAAAAAUGAGUGUUGCAUUGUUUCAUUCAGACCAUACGUCUCUGUGGUUUUAUAUUGAGUCGUUUUAGAGUUGAUACUUAUUCAUCAAUGUACUAUAGUAGGCCAGGCCUACAGUACAUGUGAAUAUUGGAUACUUUAUAUUUGUAUUUGUUUCAGGGACAAGAUGAAACGAACAUGUGUGAUUUGUAAUUGUAUUUGAAAAUCAGUUCACUUUGGAUUCAUACACAAUAAACAGCUAUAAGGCAAUGAUCCUGUACUUUGUGAAUGUAUUCAAAGUGGUUGCUGAGGAAAGACUUGAUCUUCAGACACAAUGUUUAUCUGACAAAUACACAGUGGUGGAAAACAGAUGUCAUACUUGAGUAAAAGUAAAGAUAAAGUACAUCAAUAGAAAAUGACUUAAGUCAAAGGGAAAGUCACACAGUAAAAUACUGGUUGAGUAAGUCUAAAUGUAUCUGUUUUUAAAUGCACUCAUGUACAGUGGUGGGAAAAGUCUUCAGUUGUCAUACUUAAGUAAAAGUAAAUGCUAUACAUCAAAUGUCUUAUAUUAAGCAUACCAGACGGCACAGGGGCACACUCAGACAUCAUUUACAAACUCAGUAUUUGUGUUUAGUGAGUUCGCCAGAUCAGAGGCAGUAGGAAUGACAAUACGUUAUAUUGAUAGAUGCGUGAAUUGGACCAUAUUGCUGUCCUGCCUCAGCAUUUGAAAUGUAACGAGUAAUUUUGGGUGUGAGGGAAAAUGUAUGGCAGUAAAAUGUACAUCUUUUCCUUAAGAAUCUAGUGGAGUAAAAGUAAAAAGUACAGAUACCCCAAAAAACAACUUAAGUAGAACUUUUAUGAAGAGAUUUCCAAGGCUUCAGAAGAUUUAACCUGUAUAAAUUAAAUGAGCAAAAUUAUGUAUGUCCACAGUUCAAAUGUUGAAGUCAGUAAGUUAGUAGGACAGAGGGUGUGAAAGAGAUGACUCUAGCAAAGCUUUCCAGGAAUAACAUCCCAUGAGGCCCCACUCUGAAAGGUGAAAACAGUUUAACAGUUGUCACUUUCACAUGCUGUACCCAUCUUCAAUUAGAACAACCAAUCGACCUUGACAAACCAACAUAAAUACAUUGGACAUUGUCAAAGACUCCAGUCACUAAAGUCAUAGACUAUUCUCUCUGCUAACGCACAGCAAGCAGUACCGGACCGCCAAGUCUAGGACCAAAAGGCUCCUUAACAGCUUCUACCCCCAAGUCAUAA